UUUUGCUCAUCUAGUCGAUUGUUGACUUGACAGAUCUUUGUUCAGUGUUAACAGAAAAUGACCACAAAUAGUAAACAUAACUUUUAAAAAGAUAUAUAAUUUAUAGCAGGCAUGCUCGGGGUUGGAAUAUAUUGAAUAACAACAUAUGGACUUUACAAAACUCCGUUCUUUCUCGGACAACUUUCAAUGUACAAAAUAAAGAUCGAGGGAGAAAUUUGGAAAAAGUAACUAUUUGGCUCAAGUGCUAUAGUUCAAACCUUGGGUAGGCUAUAUGUUCAAACCCUAAUUCCCUAGCCUAGUUUUGUCCUGACUGAUACUGCAAGUAUAGUUUGUGACCUGAGACAAGUAACACAUGUGACCCUCUCCCAUUGUCAUUAAUGUUAGAGAACUCUGCAUUAAGUUCAUAUGCCUGUCAGAAAACAUCUCCCUUGUAAACUGAUUGUCAGGCCUCAGUUGUUUUUCAGAUGGAUAAGUCCUAAUUAGUUGGUGAUAACUGAAACAUUGUCCUGUAGCAUACCAUUUGCAGAAACGGACAACUGCGAACAUCUCGCUGGAUUGUCUUUGAUUAUAAAGGAAUGUUCCUAUUCUGCAAUUCAGUCAGCGUUCUAAUUCGUCACAAUUCUGAAUGGGCCAGACACCACAGUGCAUUGAAUGUUCCACUCUCUUCCGGUUUUGGAAGAAAGUUUGCCCUGUGUAGGCUAGUUUGUAUUGAAGUUCGAGGGAUUCAGGGCGUAUCUGUAACAUCAUACUUAACAAACUUUACGUUCCCAUGAAAACAGUUUAUUAGACAUUAUAUUCGAUUGCAUUCCAUUUCAACCAAAGAUUUCAAGAGGACCCCUUUGGCUUUGAGCAAAAGCACUUUUCCCUUUGAGGGCUCAAAAGUAUGGAUGAAACCAAAAGCCCCAUGCCUACUGACUCCUCCCUCUCCAGUAAUGGGAAAGAUGGAGAUCAUCAAAACAUGUUCCAAAGGGAUCUGUUGUUCAUGAAUUCAAGCUUGGCAAACGUCACACACACUCCAAGCUCAUUGUCGCUGACCGAUGUAACACAGCUUCACGAAGGCGCGGCGCAGCCACAUCCCAACAGCGGCGGUCCCGUUGUCAUCAGCGACGGCCUGCGGAACCCCACCGUGGAGAAACUGGAGCGGGUGCGCAAGUGGAGCAUCAACACUUACAAGUGUACUAGGCAGAUGUUGGCAGAGCGGCUGGGUCGAGGCUCUCGCACAGUGGAUCUGGAUCUGGAGGCCCGCAUUGAGAAGCUUAUCGACCUGCGCAGUCGUUACGACAACGUCACCAAGCUGGCGCAAACUCUUGCCUCACAGACUGCCCAGGUCUCGCACACGCAAAAGCUUCUGGGUGAUGUGUUCGCAGACCUCAGCAUCAAGACCCCCGAGUUACACGAGGAAUUUGGAUUCAACGCAGACACGCAAAGAUUCCUGUCCAAAAAUGGAGAGGCGUUACUGAGAUCCAUGAACUCCUUCACUGCCGGCAUGAACACUCUGGUCAACCAGACCAUUGAGGACACCAUGGUCACUGUCAAACUGUAUGAGAAUGCCAGGAUUGAGUAUGAUGCGUACCGCACAGACCUGGAGGAACUCAACAUGGGUCCGCGGGAUGCCAUCACCCUGCCCAAGAUCGAGCUGGCCCAGGCCCUCUACCAGCAGCACAGGCAGAAAUAUGAGAGGAUGAGAGACGACUUGACAGUCAAACUCAAACUGCUGGAGGAGAACAGGGUGAAGGUCCUGCAGAAGCAGCUCAUCCUGUUGCACAGUGCGGUGGCAGCGUACUACGCAGGCAACCAGCAGAAGCUGCAGCACACGCUGCAGCAGUUCAACAGCAGGCUCCGGACGCCCGACACAGGCCUGCAGUCCUGGCUGGGGGAGGGUUGAACACCAAACUUAUCCCUCCAUCUUGCCUACGUCCUCUCUAUCUCCUCCUCCUUACGCUCAUUUACUCUUUCAGUUGUGGACCAAAGCUUGGGUGACUCACUCAGAGACACACACACACACACACAGACACACACACACACACACACACAGACACACACACACUUUUACAUACAUACACACAAUUUUACAUACAUACACAAAUGCAAACCAAUGUCCUCACUUUGUCUUUUUUUGGACAAAGGUCUUGGGUGGGACAAGGGUUGGUGGGUUGGGGAGGAUGAGAGGAACGGUUAAGACCCAAGUGUUGUGAGAAGAUCUGUUGAGGGCUUCAUCUUCUGUAACCUAAUAUUCUUAUCCAAAAUGGGACCGUAAUAGCCUGUAUGAGAUUGUAUAAGGGGCCAGUAACUUGACUGUUUAAUAAUCUGAAGAGACUAAAGUAGUUCUUUGGCCACCUGACACACAUUGAUGUGUAAGCAAAUCGUGACCGCUAUGGCAUUAUCAGCGAUCACAUUUGUUCAUAUUUAUUGUAUUUCUUGCCAAAGUAGCUGCGGAAUAUGAUGUUAGAUGACUUAUCUGCCAGGGAUCAAAGAAGCUGCUUAACCUAAAAUUGAGCACAGGGAAGUGUAUACUACAGUGUUGAGAUCACAUUGUGCAUUAAAACCUUUCAGAUGGGACCUUAAGGGUUCAUUCCAGGUGCUCGCUGCUUUUCAGGCCUAUUUAUUUGCAGUAGCGAUAGGAAAUUGUCUCACUGUUACAGUGUAAAUGCAAGGAUUCAAACUGGUGGGGAGGUUUUUAUUUCUUCUGGAAUGUUUCAGUGUGGUCACAAGACUUCUCUGGUAAAAUCGAAGAGAGCCUUAACCUGUGGAUUUGUAUCAGUAUCAUUCAUGUUAUCCCCGCCCGUCAAAAAAAUGUAUAUUGUUAAGAUGAUUGUGUAUGUUUUCCAGGGAGUUAUAUAUGUACAUUGUAAAUACUACAGUUGAAUGGUAUGAUAUACAUUUCAAACAUAUAACAGUAUAAAUUCCAAUAUAGACAAUAUGUAACUAACAUCCAGAGGACUGAUGUACCCUCUGCUUUGUGCCUUAUGCAUCUCAACAGUAAUAUGCCAAAAGUGCCGGUGCCUUUAAGAGUCUACCUGUUACCCAAUAUUGUUGAUAAUGUGCAUAUCACAUGAACAACUCACUUUUCCAUUAAUGUACACAUUCCAGUUGUUGCCUUUUUUUGUCUUACCUCAAAUAAGCACCAAACUACAAUGGGAUGUGCAAUGAAAAUACAAAUGUUUACUUUUUGAAUUAUAUCCAUACAAGGUUAUAGUAAAAAGGAUCUCUGUAUAUCUGUCCAUGUGCAGAUGCACAUAACAUGAGUGUGGGAGAAUGUAAUGAGUGCAUGCAGUAUGUUCCAUAUCGCGUUUAUAUCUGUUACAAUGUGAUACAAUUAAAAGCAUUGGGACCACCAA